AUGGCUGAGCAGUAUUCCGCUGGACAUGACAAAAAACCAACACAGAAGAUCACGCAACUGUUGCGCACUGAACAGGGCAGGGACAGGAUAUUCCACUCUGUGUUUGUUCAUAGGGAUCAUAGGAAGAAAAAAGCUACUUCAUACUUGGGAACCAGCCAGGAAUUGAUUGAUUUUGAUGUGGAGUGGCCUGUUAAGCAGGAUUUAGCAGAGUAUGACAGAGAGACCAGUAAGGAAAAACAAGAUAGUCUUCACCACCUCACAUGGUUGGCGUUACACAGAUAUACACAGCGGUCUGAUGCUCAACCAGAUUUGUUUCAUUCAGAUGGUUUCACAAUGUUUGACGAACUCCUGUAUUCAACGACUAAUCUCAAGGUCGUACGUCCAGAAAGCCUGUGCAAGCUGGACACCAUUGCUUUCCUGUACGCCACUGUGUACACCACCUUGGGAAGAUUAGAAGAACAGAAACGUACGAUUGGUGAAGAUUUGGACAGACCAUUUCUCCUUCCAGCAAUAGUUUCUGAAAGUCUCUGCUCCCCACAGCAGGCCGAUUGGUGGAAAGCAGCAUACAAACUUGUCAACAAUGCUGCUGGCGAGGAUCUUGCCAGUCUGAGGGUCACCCUUCAGAGGGGCCUUGAGGUGGUACGUGCCACUGGUAUUCAUGGCCUGUCUGCACAGCUGGUCGUCCAACUUGCCAGGACCUUCCAACACCAGGCCAGUGCAAAGAUAAACCCAUCCACACCAGAGAGUCAGAGAACACAAUUGGCUGCUAGGGCUGUCCACUACUGGAAGGCAGCUCUGAACAUUCUGGAAAAACUAAAUCAGUAA